UGAAUGGUCGUUCUUUGUAUUGUGCCUCGCUCACCUUGCCGACAGUUCCGAGUAGAGACCAGUCACUGCACUGUGAUCCGACUGCAGAAACAAACCUUGGCUUGGAUUUUUGAAGUAGGUCGAAGGUGAGGGGAAAGCUAGAAGAAUUUUGGAUCAGGAGUCCAAAAUUCACCCCGGAAGAUGUAUUUGUAAUCCCUCGCGAAAGCUUGAUUUGGCCAUCUGGUUUCCACAUUUCCACCCUCUGCGUACGGGAUACAUCGUGAUGAGUCUCCUAACCACCUUUCGAGUAGGCGUGCAAUUUUCACUCUGCGCUUUAGUCAUCUCUACGAUUAGCGUGUCUGGAAGCGGAGCAGAAGCGGGACCUAAACAUGAUACGAGCGAAUGGAUUGGUGCCUCGUAGAUCUACGUACACUCCUUCAUCGGCUAGCAACUCAUUGUGGUGGUGGAACUAUUCUCAUCACGAAGACGAGGUGAAGAGAGAGCUGAGCUGGGCACGUCAGCAGUUUGGUUUCACUGCACUGCGUAUGUUCCUGCACAGUAUGGUGUAUGAAGGUGAUAACGGUAAAACACUGAUCGAGGCCAUCAGCAGGUUUCUCCUGGUUGCAGAUUCAAACAACAUUGGCGUGGGUUUUGUUUUCUUUGACGACUGCUGGUCCACGUCAGGAGCAAAUCUGUCCAGCCCAUGUCAGCCAGUGAAAGGCCGUCACAACGGCUGUUGGAAGACCUCUCCACAAGCUAAGGAUCGCACAACAGUGGCGAGAUACAAGCCAUACGUCAGCAAUGUUGCUAGCAAGUUCAAAGAUGACAAGAGAGUGCUGUGGUGGGAAAUAUACAACGAACCUCACACCACACUUGCUCCCAAGGGCUACUCGAUCGCACUGCGACAAGCGGCAUACACCUGGCUGAAGGAGAGCAAUUUGUCACAGCCUGUACUCAGCUGCUGGGAUGACAACAACGACACGGACAUUGUCGAUACACACCACUACUCAUCAGACUUUACCGGCUGGACCAGUGCGGUGUACUCCAAUCCCGACAAGGGUGCUGUAGUGACCGAGGCUGGUUCUCGGUGGUACCAGGGCUAUCCCAGCGACAGUGGAUCAACACUGAUGGUGGUCACAUGGCUGCAAGCACUCAGGCAGCUGCAUGCCAACUGGCUUGCGGGCAAGGAGCCGUGCUCAGUGGCCGGGCACAAUGUGACGUUUGUACCGGGAGCAAUGAUAAGCUGGGAGCUGAUGGUUGGCAACAGUAAUACACGUUGGCACUGGAACACUAAAGAUGGCAGCCCAGAGCCGGCUAUUCCGUGGGACGCUCAUCUAUUUCCCGACGGCACGCCAGUAUCGCUUACCGAAGCCGCGGUAAGCAAUACUGGACUCCAAACCACUGGACUCCAAACCACAGCCCGCUGCUCGGCACGUAUGACUUGUCCAAGAGAGAGAACGGGCUGAUCCUGAACGGCUGAAACCUGCUCAGGGUUGCAAUUGUGGGAAACAUAACGUCCGUAUGGUUCAACCCGGCGCAUUCCGAUGCUGUAAGCAAAGAUGGCUCGCCGCAGCCAAUCAAACCGCUCAUUGUUGCCGGUGAUGUCCCGGACGACCCAGAGUACAUUCCAUCCGGUGAUCUGGGACUCAUCACGCUCGAUGAAAAUAUGAAAGUGGAUUAUGUCAGUGUUCUCCCCAUUUCGGCUCUGCCGCCAUCUGUCCUAGCACGAACCAACAGUUAGGGGUCAGAGACACACACUCUCUCUCUCUCUCUCUCUCUCUCUCUCUCUCUCUCUCUCUCUCCCCUCCCCCGUCUCUCCAGAUGGGAUUAUUACCAGUAUAAUUGUUUGAGCAGUUCUGACCUUAGGUACUGUCACAUACCUCUGGCCAUGCUUCAUACGAGGUUCUUCAGCACCAUUUUGUAUUUUGUAUUUAUAUCAUUAUCUCAUGGCACAUCAUGAUGACGGCCAGUAAAACUGA